AUGCAGCUGAGCCGCGCCGCCGCGCCCGCGGAGCCCCCGGAGCCGCUGUCCCCCGCGCCGGCCCCGGCCCCGGCCUCCCCCGGCCCCCUCCCGCGCAGCGCGGCCGGCGGGGCUCCGGCGGGGGGCCAGGGGGGGCCGGGGCGCCGCGCGGAGUCCCCGUGCGCCCCUCUCCCGGCCGCCAGCGGCCCCGGCGCGGGCAUGGACGGCCCCGGGGCCAGCGCCGUGGUCGUGCGCGUGGGCAUCCCGGACCUGCAGCAGACGAAGUGUCUGCGCCUGGACCCGGCCGCGCCCGUGUGGGCCGCGAAGCAACGAGUGCUUUGCGCGCUCAACCACAGUCUCCAGGACGCGCUCAACUACGGGCUUUUCCAGCCACCCUCUCGGGGCCGUGCCGGCAAGUUCCUAGAUGAAGAGCGGCUCCUGCAGGACUACCCGCCCAACCUGGACACGCCUCUGCCCUACCUGGAGUUCCGAUACAAGCGGCGAGUUUAUGCCCAGAACCUCAUUGAUGAUAAGCAGUUUGCCAAGCUUCACACAAAGGCCAACCUGAAGAAGUUCAUGGACUAUGUCCAGCUGCACAGCACAGACAAGGUGGCCCGCCUGCUGGACAAGGGGCUGGACCCCAACUUCCAUGACCCUGACUCAGGAGAGUGCCCCCUGAGUCUGGCAGCCCAGCUGGAUGAUUCAACAGACUUGCUGAAGGUUCUGCGGAAUGGUGGGGCACACCUUGACUUCCGCACCCGGGACGGGCUGACUGCUGUUCACUGUGCAACACGCCAGCGGAAUGCUGGGGCACUGACGACCCUGUUGGACCUGGGGGCAUCGCCAGACUACAAGGACAGCCGUGGCCUGACUGCCCUGUACCACAGUGCCCUAGGGGGCGGGGAUGCCCUCUGCUGUGAGCUGCUUCUCCAUGACCAUGCCCAGCUGGGGACCAGGGAUGAGAAUGGCUGGCAGGAGAUCCACCAGGCUUGCCGCUUUGGCCACGUACAGCACCUGGAGCACCUACUGUUCUACGGAGCUGACAUGGGGGCCCAGAACGCCUCGGGGAACACAGCCUUGCAUGUGUGUGCCCUCUACAACCAGGAGAGCUGUGCUCGUGUGCUCCUUUUCCGGGGAGCCGACAAGGACGUCCGCAAUUACAACAGCCAGACGGCCUUCCAGGUGGCGAUCAUUGCUGGGAACUUUGAGCUUGCUGAAGUUAUCAAGACACACAAGGACUCUGACGUUGUGCCAUUCAGGGAGACCCCCAGCUAUGCAAAGCGGCGGCGACUGGCUGGCCCCAGUGGCCUGGCGUCCCCCCGGCCCCUGCAGCGUUCAGCCAGUGACAUCAACCUGAAGGGUGAGAUGCAACCAGCAGCUCCUGGACCCUCCCUACGAAGCCUCCCACACCAGUUGCUGCUCCAGCGGCUGCAGGAAGAGAAGGACCGGGACCGGGACGGCGAGCAGCAGAAUGACACCAGUGUCCCCUCCGCAGGCAGGGGCAGCCAGAGCAAGAUCAGCCCGAGCGGGCCCGGCGGCCCCGGCCCCGCGCCCGGCCCCAGCCCGGCGCCCCCUGCGCCCCCCGCUCCGCCGCCGCGGGGCCCGAAGCGGAAACUUUACAGCGCCGUCCCCGGCCGCAAGUUCAUCGCGGUGAAGGCGCACAGCCCGCAGGGCGAGGGCGAGAUCCCGCUGCACCGCGGCGAGGCCGUGAAGGUGCUCAGCAUUGGGGAGGGCGGAUUCUGGGAGGGCACCGUGAAGGGCCGCACAGGCUGGUUCCCGGCCGACUGCGUGGAGGAGGUGCAGAUGAGGCAGUAUGACGCCCGGCAUGAGACACGAGAGGACCGGACCAAGCGGCUCUUCCGCCAUUACACAGUGGGCUCUUAUGACAGCCUCACCUCACACAGUGACUAUGUCAUCGAGGACAAGGUGGCUGUGCUGCAGAAGCGUGACCACGAGGGCUUCGGCUUUGUGCUCCGGGGUGCGAAGGCAGAGACCCCCAUCGAGGAGUUCACACCCACACCGGCCUUCCCUGCUCUGCAAUACCUUGAGUCCGUGGAUGUGGAGGGCGUGGCCUGGAGGGCUGGGCUGCGCACAGGGGACUUCCUCAUUGAGGUGAAUGGGGUCAACGUGGUCAAGGUUGGCCACAAGCAGGUGGUGGCGCUGAUCCGCCAGGGCGGCAACCGCCUGGUCAUGAAGGUUGUGUCCGUCACAAGAAAGCCUGAGGAGGACAGCUCCAGGCGCAGAGCCCCACCACCCCCAAAGAGGGCACCCAGCACCACGCUGACCCUGCGCUCUAAGUCCAUGACUGCUGAGCUCGAGGAAUUGGCCUCCAUCCGGAGAAGAAAAGGGGAGAAACUGGAUGAGAUCCUGGCAGCCGCUGCAGAGCCAACUCUGAGGCCGGACAUCGCGGAUGCCGACUCCCGGGCCGCCACAGUCAAGCAGAGACCUACCAGUCGGAGGAUCACCCCUGCCGAGAUCAGUUCACUGUUUGAACGCCAAGGCCUCCCCGGCCCAGAGAAGCUGCCAGGUUCUCUGCGGAAGGGGAUUCCACGGACCAAGUCUGUAGGGGAGGACGAGAAGCUGGCCUCCCUACUGGAGGGGCGUUUUCCCCGGAGCACGUCCAUGCAGGACUCAGUGCGGGAGGGCCGUGGCAUCCCGCCCCCGCCGCAGACCGCACCCCCGCCCCCGCCUGCCCCCUACUACUACGACUCGGGGCCACCACCCGCUUUCUCGCCACCACCGCCGCCACCGGGCCGAGCCUAUGACACAGUGCGCUCCAGUUUCAAGCCGGGCCUGGAGGCGCGCCUGGGUGCAGGCACUGCAGGCCUCUAUGAGCCUGGCGCUGCCCUGGGCCCGCUGCCCUACCCGGAACGGCAGAAGCGCGCACGUUCCAUGAUCAUCCUGCAGGACUCUGCGCCCGAGACGAGCGACGGCCCCAGACCCCCGCCAGCGGCCACACCGCCUGAGCGCCCCAAGCGCCGGCCCCGCCCACCGGGGCCCGACAGCCCCUAUGCCAACCUGGGCGCCUUCAGCGCCAGCCUCUUCACACCAUCCAAGCCGCAGCGCCGCAAGAGUCCGCUGGUGAAGCAGCUGCAGGUGGAGGAUGCACAGGAGCGUGCAGCACUGGCUGUGGGUAGCCCUGGCCCUGGAGGUGGCAGCUUUGCUCGUGAGCCAUCCCCAACGCACCGCGGGCCGCGGCCCAGUGGCCUUGAUUAUGGCUCCGAGGAUGGGCUCGGGCUCGCGUUUGGGGGACCAGGCCCGGCCAAGGACCGGCGUCUGGAGGAGCGGCGCCGUUCCACAGUGUUCUUAUCAGUGGGUGCCAUUGAAGGCAGCCCACCCAGCGCUGAGCUGCCAUCUCUGCAGCCUUCGCGGUCCAUUGAUGAGCGCUUGCUGGGCCCAGCCGCCACUCCUGGCCGUGACCUGCUGCUGCCCUCCCCUGUAUCCGCUCUGAAGCCAUUGGUCAGCGCCCCAAGCCUGACACCUGCGGGUUCCACCUUCAUCCACCCCCUUACUGGCAAACCCCUGGACCCCAGCUCACCCUUGGCCCUCGCUCUGGCUGCCCGGGAGCGGGCCCUAGCCUCCCAGGCACCCUCGAGAUCCCCCACUCCAGUGCACAGCCCUGAUGCUGAUCGCCCAGGACCCCUGUUUGUGGAUGUGCAGGCCCGAGACUCAGAGCGGGGAACCAUGGCUUCCCCGGCCUUCUCCCCACGAAGCCCAGCCUGGAUUCCUGUGCCAGUCCGCAGGGAGGCAGAGAAGGCACCCCGGGAAGAGCGCAAGUCCCCUGAGGACAAGAAAUCCUUGAUCCUCAGCGUCCUGGACACCUCCCUGCAGCGGCCAGCCGGCCUCAUCGUGGUGCAUGCCACCAGCAACGGGCAGGAGCCCAGCAGGCUGGGGGCUGAAGAGCAGCGUCCGGGCACCCCGGAGCGGGCCCCAGCCCCCAUGCCCACCACGGUGACAACAGCCGUGGCAGAGCCCCUGCCCAGUCCCAGGGCCCAGCCUGCUGGCAGCACCCCAGUGGACCCAGGGCAUGGCCAGGGCAGCUCUGAGGAGGAGCCAGAGUUGGUGUUUGCUGUGAGUCUCCCGCCUGCCCAGCUGUCCUCCAGUGAUGAGGAGACCCGGGAGGAGCUGGCCCGCAUCGGACUGGUGCCGCCCCCGGAAGAGUUUGCCAAUGGGAUCCUGCUGGCCACACCGCCACCUGGCCCGGGGCCCCCGCCCUCCACAGUGCCCAGCCCGGCCUCAGGGAAGCCUGGCAGUGAGCCACCCCCUGCGCCCGAGUCGGCGGCCGACUCAGGUGUGGAGGAGGCCGACACACGCAGUUCCAGUGACCCCCAUCUGGAGACCACAAGCACCAUCUCCACAGUGUCCAGCAUGUCCACUCUGAGCUCUGAAAGUGGGGAGCUCACUGACACUCACACCUCCUUCGCCGAUGGACACACUUUUCUACUCGAGAAGCCGCCAGUGCCUCCCAAGCCCAAGCUCAAGUCCCCCCUGGGGAAGGGGCCGGUGACCUUCAGGGACCCCCUGCUGAAGCAGUCCUCAGACAGCGAGCUCACGGCCCCCCAGCACCAUGCCGCCUCUGCCGGGCCCGCCCGCCCUCGCUACCUCUUCCAGAGAAGGUCCAAGCUGUGGGGGGACCCCGUGGAGAGCCGGGGGUCCCCUGGGCCUGAAGAUGACCGGCCAGCCGUGAUCAGCGAGCUCAGCUCCCGGCUGCAACAACUCAACAAAGAUGCACGCUCCCUGGGGGAGGAGCCAGCGGGUGGCCUGGGCAGCCUGCUGGACCCAGCCAAGAAGUCUCCCAUUGCAGCAGCUCGGCUCUUCAGCAGCCUCGGUGAGCUGAGCACCAUCUCAGCGCAGCGCAGCCCAGGGGGCCCUGGCGGCACGGCCUCCUACUCGGUGCGGCCAGGUGGCCGCUACCCCGUGGCGCGGCGUGCCCCGAGCCCAGUGAAGCCCGCGUCGCUCGAGCGGGUGGAGGGGCUGGGUGCGGGCGCGGGGGGCGUUGGGCGGCCCUUUGGCCUCACGCCCCCCACCAUCCUCAAGUCGUCCAGCCUCUCCAUUCCACACGAGCCCAAGGAGGUGCGCUUCGUGGUUCGCAGUGUGAGCGCUCGCAGCCGGUCACCGUCCCCGUCACCGCUGCCCUCGCCUGCGCCUGGCCCAGGCCCUGGCGCGCCUGGCCCGCGCCGGCCCUUCCAGCAGAAGCCGCUACAGCUGUGGAGCAAAUUCGACGUGGGCGACUGGUUGGAGAGUAUCCACCUUGGCGAACACCGUGACCGCUUUGAGGACCACGAGAUCGAGGGCGCACACCUGCCUGCGCUCACCAAGGAGGAUUUCGUGGAGCUGGGCGUCACACGCGUGGGCCACCGCAUGAACAUCGAGCGUGCUCUGCGGCAGCUGGAGGGCAGCUGACCCCCCCGCCCCUGCCGCGCCCUGCCGGCAGGGCCUCCUCCUCCUCCCCGGGCCGCGGGCUCGGCCCGCCCCGAGAAGGUGC